GUUUGUCUUCUGUUUGUCUUUCUCUGUCCAUCUCACACCAGCAGCCGCAGAGCACACAAGCUAGUUUUUAAUUUUUCCAAAUGUUGACGGCAGUCUGAGCACACCGGCAUGGAAACAGUUAACAGUUCUAGAGUUGCUGGUUUCAGAAUCACUUGUGCCAAAGUGUUACGUUUCAUUCGGACCCUGACCCGAAAGAAGCCUCUGGAGCCAGAAGGCGAGGAGUCCAACUUCUGCCGAUGCCUGACCACCUUGGACCUGGUGGGUCUGGGUGUUGGCAGCACGCUUGGAGCCGGCGUCUACGUGCUGUCAGGAGAGGUGGCCAGAGAAGUGUCCGGCCCCAGCAUCAUUAUCUCCUUCCUGGUUGCAGCUUUGGCUUCGGUCUUCGCAGGGUUGUGUUAUGCGGAGUUUGGAGCCAGGGUCCCCAAGACGGGCUCAGCUUACCUUUACAGCUAUGUGACCGUAGGAGAGGUGUGGGCAUUUGUGACUGGCUGGAACCUGCUGCUGUCCUACGUCAUCG